CAAUAUGUUUGAUUUGUUUGCCAACACAUCGUUUUCAAUUACAUUUCAUAUUGGAAUUGAUUUGCAAUUAAAUUUGCAGUGUUAAUUAAGGCCUUGUCGGUCUUUUAUUCUGAAUUGAACACGUAUGUUUCAGAUACUGAUAUGAGAUAAUUGGCAACAAUUUAUUUAUAAACGACACAUAACAUUGCAUUAAUAUUUGGCAACAGUGCGGCGUAAUUUUUUGACGUAAUAAGAUAAGUGAUUUGUUUAUCGCAAUUUUCAAGAAGCGACAACGCGGAUGGAGGCGAAGUUAAAAGAAUAUCGAGCCCUUAGACAUCGUAAAUGGCUCGAAGAAAAUGAAAAAGCUAAAGCUAAAGAGGAACCGGAAAAAUCCUAUUUGAAUUUCCUUUUGUCCAAAAACUCUUUUAAAAUGGACGAUGAGAAGAAAGAAGAUGAAGUCCCUUUGAUUGUAAAUGAAAAACCAACUACAAGCCAGGUUUUGAUACAGCCAGAUGAAACUCCAUCAGGAGGUAGAACAUUAGAACCAAUUUAUAACCCAACGCAAGAAUCAUGGAAAUAUUGCAUUACAAAGUGGUGUAUAUAUUUUAUUAUAUGGCUUACUGUAUACAUAAUAUUUCUCAAACUGCAGUUUGGAGCUGUUUAUUUCGUGAUAUCAUUAUUAAUUGGAAUAUAUUUGAAUACAAGAACCGGACCUAAGAAAGAAGGAGAAGUAUCAGCAUAUAGCGUAUUUAACGAGAACUGUGCCAGCAUUGAUGGUGCAUUGAGUGCAGACCAAAUUGUAAGAGAGUUAACAUUCGGACCAGGUAAUUUACAGUAAUAAAAGAAGUCACAAAAACUCUAAUAUUGCUUUUUUCAACUAGUGUUUGAACCCACACAUUAAUCAGAUGUGGUUUAAAAUGAUACACAAAUUUAGUAACAUUUAUUAUGUUAAGGUAUUCUACCUUUGCUAAGUCACAAAUUUUGAUUUAUAAAUUAGGUUAUUACCGAAAUAAAACUAAGUUAUUUAAU